CGUUGACGUAGCUUCUGCUGAGAUGCUGUUAAACGCGAAUGAAGUGGGUCGUGGUAUGAAAAUACAAAAGCAACAUUUAGCACAAUAUUUCCCCUCUCGACUGCACUGUGCUGAGCCUUGCAGCAGCAGCAGCAGCACCCAGAAGUGAACAAAGCGACCCGGAAGCGGUGGUCCGACCGGAGGCAGAAAGAACAUCAACCUUUUAUAUUAUAGCUGUACUCGCAAGACAAUAUCUGCAAUCAGGACACAAGGAUGGCAGAGCCUCGGUUUAACAACCCAUACUUCUGGCCACCGCCUCCGUCCAUGCCAGGCCAGCUGGAUAACCUGGUCCUCAUUAACAAGAUCAAGGAGCAGCUGAUGGCUGAGAAGAUUCGACCCCUGCACCUGCCACCUACCUCCACCCCUUCUCAGCAGCCUCUGCUGGUUCCCACCUCGUCCCCGGACGGUAGCGCUCAGCACGGUAUGCAGGUUCCAAAGCCUCAGCCACAACAGGUUCCGGGCCACCACCCACAGCUGCAGGGCUCUGGACAGCCGGACAUCGCCCUGCACGCUCGUCCCGCCUCCAGUUCUGGACCGGAUGGAAAUAUGGAUGACAAGUCAGCGGUGAAGGCCAAAGGAUUAUGGGAGGACUGGCAAAUGAGACACCUCAGUGAGCAAACUGGCCGGGUCAACCAUCGCUCAGGUCUGGCCCCCUCAUCUCGACCCGACAGCCACAGCACCUCAGAGGCCCUGACCCCGACGACUCCGACCUCCAGCAGCCAGAACCGCUUGGGUGGCGCCCCCUCUGUGAACAUCAUCUCUGGACUGGCUAGUGGCCCUGGCAUUGACCACAUGAAGGCCGGAGGCCUGGCAGGACUGUUGGGCCCCCCGCCAAAGGCACCUCGGGGAAGAAAGAAGAUCAAAGCCGAAAACACAUCUGGUCCUCUGCUGGUGGUGCCCUACCCCAUCCUGGCUGAUCAAGGAUGUGUCACCGUUGCACCCAAAGAGGGCAAAACCUACAGAUGCAAAGUCUGCCCACUCACCUUCUUAACCAAGUCAGAGAUGCAGAUUCAUUCCAAGUCCCACACAGAGGCCAAACCGCACAAGUGUCCCCACUGCUCCAAGACGUUCGCCAACGCCUCUUACCUGUCCCAGCACUUGCGCAUUCACCUGGGGAUCAAACCCUACCACUGCUCCUACUGCGAGAACUCGUUCCGUCAGCUGUCACACCUGCAGCAGCAUACCAGAAUCCACACCGGCGAUAGGCCUUAUAAAUGCGCCCACCCUGGAUGUGAAAAGGCUUUUACCCAGCUGUCUAAUCUCCAGUCUCACCAGAGGCAGCACAAUAAAGACAAGCCGUAUAAAUGUCCCAACUGCUACCGUGCCUACUCAGACUCUGCAUCGUUGCAGAUCCACUUGUCAGCGCAUGCCAUCAAAAACGCUAAGGCCUACUGCUGUAGCAUGUGUGGCCGGGCUUACACCUCAGAGACCUAUCUUAUGAAGCACAUGUCCAAACACACGGUGGUGGAGCACCUGGUGAGUCACCAGUCACCCCAGAGGACAGAGUCCCCCAGCAUCCCCAUACGCAUCUCCCUCAUCUGAGCUCCGCGAGCAUUCAACAUCAAGAUUCAGAGUCAGCGUUCGGCUGGAGCUUGUGAGGCCCUGCACCCACGGCCAUCUACAUAAGGCUUACAUUAGCAUUAUGACAGCUGACAUGAGCAUUCACUGUUAGAUUUUGUAAGCAGACUUGCCUCCAUCCGUCUCGACACAGGCCGUCUAUCAUAAAGGAGCACAGCGUUAUUUUGUGAAUGUAAAAAUACAGCCAGAUAUUGUCCAGGGGAUCGAGUGGCAAAGAAUGUCUUGCGUCAGAUUUAAUAAGCACUUUCGUAAGCAUCAUGUAAACCGCCGGAUGCAUUGGCCAUUAAAAAAAUGUUUUAGUUGUCUUGUUUUUGUUUUUAUUCUCUUCCAUGAAAUGGGUUUUCAAAAUGUGCCAGAUGAUAUUUGCCCGAAUAUUAAAUUGAAAAAGCAGGGGGAAAAAAAGAAAAAGUUUGCUGGGUGUAUUCUGGAGACAUCCAAAGAUAAUCUUAAAGCACUUUUAGGCCUUGUGGUUUUGGUCAAAUUGUUUCAAUCUCGUUGGAUGGAAAAUGCCAAAGGGCAUUACUCGUGGCAGCUAAGAGUACCGACUGUGUACAAAAAACAGUCUCUUUUUUUUUUUUUUAACUGUUUUUUUUUUUUUUGUGCAAACACAGGGUCAUCAAAAUUUAAAGAAAAGCAAUCGGUAGAUGACAAUUGAAAUAUUUCAUGACUGUAUUAAGAAGUUGGAUAAUUGGCUUGUGGAGGCAAAGCAGAGCUCGAUGGAAGGGAAGGAAGUUUUUUGUUUUUUUGUAGUUAUUAUUUUCAAAAAAUGUUCACUCCGUAUUUAACAUUCACCUUUAUGGCACCUUUAUGAUCAUAACGUAUGAUCAAAAAACACUGCUUUUUUUCUGGUGUGUUUCUCGUUCCACUAGUUAGUGCCAUAUAAUGAACCUUGGUGAGGUUUGAAGCGAAAGCAAAUCUUGUAAAAGUGUUUGUCCGCUUUCCCUGCUCCAUUAAGCUUUGACUUAUACUUUCAAAGAAUUAAAAGUAUAUGUUGCACAUGUAUCAGUGCCAGCUCUACUCUACUCAGCCCACUUUUUCAAAAUAUGCUUCAGCUUAAAUUAAUUUUUACUUGAGCAGUAAAUUUUAAAGCUAACCAUUGGACCAAAAUGUGAAGUUAUUGUACAGCUACUCCAACCCAGUAACUUUUUUUUAGCCUCUAAUAAGCUUUACCUACUUGGAAUAAACUGCAGUAUGAUUCAUAUUCAAUAGGCCUAUUUUAUGAGUUUACGCAGGGGUGGAUCUUCUCAUUUUGUUUUUGUUUCUCUCUCUCUCUCUCUCUUUAAUAUUCUUUUUAUUGUACACAGUAUUGUUUGUUGUAUUUUUACUGUACCUGUAACCUCUGAAUGGUACUAAUAGGGUACCCUGUAUUCUUCAGGGCACUUCAGAAAAGGUGCUACGGCUAGACGUUACAUUUGAGAUGGAACUGAGAAUAAUGUAAAAUACAUAUACAGUAUAUAGUAUGUUUUCAAAAGAAUAAAAGCUUAUUACUCAAGCCACUGGCCUGAAAACAGACAUUUACGCCAACAACAGACCCUGCCUCUUCAACUUGCUCUCUCUCUUUUGAGAUAAUGGGAAAAUGUACAUGUUGCUGUACUGUAAAACAUGUUACUCAUUUAUAGUACCUAUUUUUAAGUUUUCAUAAACAUGUUUUCUUUGGGUUUUUGUAAAGGUUUAUGUAAGAGCUUACUGUAAUUCUUUUAGUCUACCUGUAUGUUAUUAAUAUUCAUGUUUUAUAUCAGUUAUUUACAUGUAAGCCUUAACUGUUUUACCAUCCCAUUUCCAUUACUCUGUAUUGUGUUCUGCAGUAUUCAGUCGUGUAAAACAUUUUUUUUUCCUUCCGCAUGGAGUUCCUGAGCUGUAAUCUGUAUAACUGUUUAACCCACGUUCUCUAUGAAAUGAUAUUGCGUAGAUUUAUUACACUUUUUCCUGUCUUGCAUUGUGGUUUCAUAUACAGUUUCUAGACAACUAAAUAUGCACAGCCAAGACUGAGAAGUUAAACUAAGGUUAUCAGUGUUUAAAAAAGGAAAAAAAAAGGAAAAAAAGCUUUGUAUCUUUACCUUGUUUAAU